UCUAAAAUCUAUAUAUCUAUAUAUUUAUGUUCCCUAUCUUUAAUAAUCAAGCAGCGUUAUCUACCAACAAGUUAGGCAAGCGCUCUACAGCGCUGUUUGCACAGACGAUCAACCAACUUGUAGCUGUUAAGGUUUGUACAUAGUUUAUGUUCUCUACAAAAAGUUUCGGGGAAACAUGCGUUGUAUUAUCGGAAGUCUAAUAGUGCUGCUAGCGCUUUUUAAUGCUAGUUUGGUUACAGCUCGCAUUGGUUAUGGUCCCGGUGAGCAGGAUUGGGGUUACGUAGAUGUACGUCCAGGUGCUCAUAUGUUCUACUGGCUUUACUACACCACUGCCAAUGUCUCUAACUAUACGCAACGUCCUUUGGUUAUUUGGCUGCAAGGUGGCCCAGGUGCUUCUUCUACAGGUUAUGGAAAUUUCGAAGAAUUGGGUCCUAUUGACUUGUAUGGCGAGUAUCGCUCCUGGACUUGGGUUAAGGACAUGAAUGUGCUUUUCAUAGACAAUCCUGUGGGCAGCGGAUACAGCUAUGUAGACACCAAUGCUCAUGCAACUGCUACUAAUAGGGAAAUUGCUUUGGAUCUGGUUCAACUCAUGAAGGGUUUCUAUAAGCUAUACCCCCACUUCAAAAAAGUGCCUUUGCAUAUUUUCGGCGAAAGUUAUGGUGGCAAAAUGGCACCGGAGUUCGCUUGGGAACUUUACAAUGCUAUACAACGUGGCGAUAUCGAAAGUAAUUUGACUUCUGUAGUUUUGGGUGAUCCUGGGACUUCGCCUAUUGAUUCUAUUUUGUCCUGGGCGCCAUUGCUGCUGGAGUUGGGUAUUGUGGAUGAGGAUGGCUAUGAAGCUAUUGCACAGGCAGCCAAUUUUACAGCUGAGCUGGUUGACGAAGAGCGUUGGAUUCAGGCCACUGAACAGUGGGGCAAUACACAAUGGGAAGUACUCAAAGCUUCAAAGGGCGUGGAUUUCUAUAAUGUGCUUAAGAAAACUCGCGAUGAUCGUUUUCUCAGGGAAGUGCAGCUCACUCCAAAUGAACGCAUGUAUCGCACUUUGGUCAAGUUUGACAUAGACGAAGAUCGCGAAAAGAUUUUAGAAAAUCUUAUGCGUGGUCCUGUGGCUGAAGCUUUGGGUAUACCAAAGCAGGUUAUAUGGGGUUCUCAAAGCGGCAUUACCUUUGAUAUACACAGAACCGACUUUAUGAAGCCUGUUGUACACAUAGUUAACAAACUGCUAGACAACACCACGCUAAAUGUUGGAGUAUUCUCUGGUGGUUUGGACCUUAUUUGUGCUACACCUGGCACUGUAAACUGGAUUUCCAAACUGGACUGGAGCAAGAAAAGUGAAUAUCUAGCCUCACUACGUACUGGAAUUACCAUCAAUCAAACUUUGGAAGGCUAUCAAAAAUCUGGCGGCAAUUUUAGCAUGUUCUGGAUAAAUAGAGCGGGUCAUAUGGCGGUAGCUGACAAUCCUGCCGCUAUGAGUUUUGUUCUGCGUUGGUUUACUUCUUUUGGUUAAUGAAAACUAUUUAAAAAAAAAAUUCAAAUUUCAAGUUUCAAACGAAUUCCAGUCUAGAAAUUCACUUAAGUAUAAUUGUUCUCAAGCUUUUAAUAAUGCUUGAACAAAACCAAUAAACUUAA